UUGAGGAUAUGACGCGCUCUCUCGGAGUCUGCCUCGCUUUCUAUAUAAAGCCAGACUCAUCCCAAAAACCGAAUUCAACGAGACCCUCUGAAGGACCCGAAAACUGGGACAGUAGUCUGUAUUGAUGAAUUAACCGGUUUACGAUAGCACAUUCUCCUACAGAAAGCGGUAAACUGGCUUUUCCCAUCUGACGCGCAUCAGCUCCAGGUACACGUGCUCAUCUAGGCUACAGGAAAGUAUGGCAGACUAUCUGAUAAGUGGAGGAACGGGCUAUAUCCCGGAGGACGGACUGUCUGCCCAGCAGCUUUUUUCAGUUGGAGAUGGUCUCACCUACAAAUCAGAACAGCAGUCAGUCCGAGAUGGACUCACGGCGGAAGAGCUUUGCUCUAUGGGGGACGGUAUGACUUACAAUGACUUUCUGAUCUUGCCUGGCUUCAUCGACUUCACCUCAGAUGAAGUGGACCUGACCUCAGCAUUGACCAAGAAGAUCACACUGAAGACCCCACUCAUCUCCUCUCCUAUGGAUACUGUUACCGAAUCCUCAAUGGCCAUUGCCAUGGCACUGAUGGGAGGAAUUGGCAUCAUUCAUCAUAAUUGCACACCAGAGUUUCAGGCCAACGAGGUGCGCAAAGUAAAGAGGUUUGAACAGGGUUUCAUCACUGAUCCAGUGGUCCUGAGUCCUCGUCACACUGUAGGUGAUGUACUUGAAGCAAAAGUUCGACACGGAUUCUCUGGAAUCCCCAUAACUGAGACGGGCAAGAUGGGCAGCAAACUAGUCGGCAUCGUCACAUCACGGGACAUCGAUUUCCUGUCUGAGAAAGAUCAUAACAAACCCCUAGAGGAGGCCAUGACUAAAAGAGAUGAUCUUGUAGUCGCUCCUGCUGGUGUCACACUAAAAGAGGCCAAUGACAUCCUGCAACGCAGCAAAAAAGGUAAACUGCCCAUUGUAAAUGACAAGGAUGAAUUGGUGGCUAUAAUAGCCCGCACAGACCUGAAGAAGAAUAGGGACUAUCCUCUGGCCUCCAAAGACUCCCGCAAACAGCUGCUGUGUGGCGCUGCCAUCGGUACCCGUGAAGACGACAAAUACCGUCUGGACUUGCUCAUGCAGUCUGGGGUGGAUGUAGUGGUUCUGGAUUCGUCACAAGGCAAUUCCGUAUACCAGAUAAAUAUGAUCCAUUACAUUAAGCAGAAGUACCCAGAUCUGCAGGUUGUGGGAGGAAAUGUGGUUACAGCUGCUCAGACGAAGAACCUGAUAGACGCAGGGGUGGAUGCUUUGAGAGUGGGAAUGGGCUGUGGUUCUAUCUGCAUCACACAGGAAGUCAUGGCAUGUGGGCGGCCUCAGGGCACCUCCGUGUAUAAGGUGGCAGAGUACGCUCGGAGGUUUGGGGUGCCGGUCAUCGCAGAUGGAGGCAUCCAGACGGUCGGCCAUGUGGUGAAGGCACUGUCUCUGGGGGCAUCGACAGUGAUGAUGGGAUCUCUGCUGGCCGCCACCACAGAAGCUCCAGGCGAGUAUUUCUUUUCUGACGGGGUGCGACUGAAGAAGUACAGAGGCAUGGGCUCACUAGAUGCCAUGGAGAAAAACACCAGCAGCCAGAAACGAUACUUCAGUGAGGGCGAUAUGGUGAAGGUGGCUCAGGGAGUGUCGGGCUCAGUCCAGGACAAAGGCUCCAUCCAUAAAUUUGUCCCAUACCUCAUUGCUGGAAUCCAACAUGGCUGCCAAGACAUUGGUGCAAAAAGCCUCUCUGUGCUUCGGUCCAUGAUGUAUUCUGGAGAGCUGAAGUUCGAGAAGCGGACCAUGUCUGCUCAGGUGGAGGGUGGAGUACAUGGACUUCACUCUUACGAGAAACGUCUCUACUAAUGGAGUGGGCAGAACACGGAUGGGAAGCAGCGACCAAACACCUCAGACAAAUCCUAGAACUUACCCUACUCUGCCAGCACCCGUUCCUCCACUCUUCACCAUUCCUCUGGCAUGACCACCACAGUGAGAGAUAGAGAAAAGUAUUAAAUGAGUUUGAGAACAGGACCACAAACUAAUUCAGUACCCAAAAAACAUGGCAGUUGCACUCAAGGGAGCAUCAGGGUUACCAAAAAGCUGCUUGUUUGUGUUUUUGCAUCUGUGUUUGAGCAGACUGGCAAAAACAAGGUGGCAUUUGCAGUGAAUAUUCUCAAAAAACCUUUUUCCUCCCAAACUGAUUCUGCAACCAUGUUGAUCUUUAAGUUUCUUUUUAGGCAGUGUCUAUAUCACCAUAUCCACUUGUAAAAUGAUGACUGCCUUCAAACCAAGUUCUCCAACUAUACUUGAGGCAAUCUUUUUUGUAGUAGAUUUGUAACUACUGAAGAUUAUAUUUUUUAUUUUAGAAGGCAGAGAUACAUAGAUAAUUGAUGUCAAUUUUGUGAUAGUUAAAUGUCUAUUGUAUUAUCGGUGGAACCGUUUUCUCUACAUCAACCAUCCCGCGUCCUGUAACUGGGUACGAUUCAUACUGAAAAUAAUUAUACCAAAACCAAUAUCUGUAGAUAUACGUUGUUGCUCUGAGAGUCAUGCUAAUGUGUCCGGGCUAUAUUUUUGACCCAAAAGCUGGAAUUUGUACUGAAGGGUUUGAUUGAUUAUCAAAGUAAAUUAUGGCUGACUUUUAAUGCAGCCUUUGAGGAAUUUUAACAAAGGACAGUAAUUAUGGGAUCUGUGUUAAUGCAGUUGUGACUCAGUGCUGUACAGGUAUGAAGAGUUUUAAUUUGCAUGCUGCCGUUUUCUUUUCUUUUUUUUUUUUAAGUAAUGGUAUCGUUUAUAUUA